AUGUCUCCGGGCGACUCUGACAGUGAAGAUGAUCAUGUCUUCUCCGAAGGUGAAGACACCUUCUUAACUUCCUACACGUCCUCCUCGGACAAGAAACGUGUCCGGCAUCUUAUCAAGGACAUUGGUGGUGAUGUGCAGUUCAAUCCGAAGUCCGAAAGAGACUUCGACGAGACGUUGACCAAAUGGAAGCGGGUCGCUUCGUCAAUGCUCUACCUGCCCGCAGAGUUGAAGGAAGUAGUGAUUCUCAAGUCUACUCCGAACAACCAAGAUCGUAUCGCGCGUGAGAGACUGAUGUUACUACCAUAUGAAGAAUUCAUCGACAAGUACGCUAUCGUACUAUUCCCUUUCAGCGAUGAGAUAAAUGUUGUCUGUCAAAGGCUACAGACUCAAGACCGUGGUACUGAUACCAUGAAGGUUAUAGAUCACUUCCUCCUGUUGAAAGCCAGGUUCAAGGAGUUGUGCCGUCGUUGGAAUCAGAAGUCGAGAUACCAUGCGUUAGAUUAUUGA